CGAAGCUGUGCUUUGGCUUCUCAGAAAACGUCCAAGCUCGUGCCAUGGAGGAAGGCUUUCCUUUUAAUUUAGCAUUCUUGGAUGCCUUGUUUUCUCUCUUGUCUCUGGUCUUUUUCCUCGUGGACGUGGUGCUGGACCUGUGGGCCAUCGCAUGCCUCUAUGAAGAGCAGAGAUACUUCUCUAUGGGACUGUUGAUAUUUCUUUUGCUCAGUUCCUCGGUUCUGGUGCAGCUCUUCAGCUGGCUCUGGUACUCUGAUUCCUCUGUAACUCUGGAGACCAAAGUAGAGAAAUUCAUCAUCAGACAUGGUUUGCUGGCUCCAGUGCACAUCUUCCAGCUCGGAGUCUUCCUCAGGAUUGCAGUCAUCAUGGAGAUCUCAAUCUGCAGAUUUAAACAGUGUGACCUUUUCCUGAAGGGGGUCACCAUAUACAUGAAGCAUGACCUCAGCAUGCUGCGUCUGUUCAAGGCGUUCUCUGAAAGUGCUCCACAGCUCGUCCUGAUGAUGGCUCUCAUCAUAGAGAUGCAGGAGAUGCAGUCCUUCACAGUCAUUAAAAUCAUGGGCUCUCUUUCUGCUCUGAGCUUCAGCACAUUGACCUACCAUCGCAACAUGCAUGCAUUCGUCCCUGAGAACUUUAAAAUGAGAUGGUCGUCUUCUGUUAUCUACUUCCUGUGGAACCUGUUCCUGAUUGGCCCACGUGUCGUGUCUGUGUCCCUCUUCGCCUCCGUCCUGCCCUGCUAUAUUGCCGCUCACUUCCUGUCCCUGUGGACGCUGCUGGUCCUGUGGACCUGGUGGCAGAAGACAGACUUCAUGGAAAGUAAAGCUGGAGAAUGGCUGUACCGGGCCACUGUAGGCCUCAUCUGGUACUUCAGGUGGUUUAAUGUAUUGAGUGGAAAUACAAAACUCAAAGGAAUAAUCUACCACGUGGUUAUGGGGGCGGAUACAAUGCUGCUGUUAGGAUUAUGGUGGUGGAGGAGAUCUGAGGAAUCAGCGCGUCUUAGUCCACUACCUAUUAAUCCCUACCUACUUAUUAUGUUAAUGGUAAUCUACGUAGUAGGAGUGGCACUGAAAUUGGUUUAUUAUUGGAAAUUUCAUCCCAAUAAAUCAGAUUUUAAGAUGAAUGUGAGAGAUGAGAAGUUACCGAAGAAACCAGUAUCAGAUGCAGAAGGUUACGAUGCAGAAAGCUUGGAGGCAGACUCUAGUGAGACCCCUGAACCUGAGGGUACAGUUUUAGCUCUGACUCAAAGAAUCGUAAGGGGCAUCAACAAAAGGAUAAGAACCAUGGCUGCGAAUUUCUAUGACUAAAUUGGAUUUGAGUUCAGCAAACU